ACCAGCUUAUAUUAGCUGAUGUUGAAGUUAACAAGAUUAAUUUUUUUGGAAAAUCAAUUUUACACGAAGCAGUCAAGUCAAAUAAAUUAGAUUUAGUGCAAGUACUUCUUCAUAAGGUCUGCAAUGUCAAUUUAAAAGAUUUUUCUGGAGCAACAGCUCUUCACCUAGCUGCUGGGUGGAAUAAAAACCAAGAAAUGGUGAACAUUUUGCUUGAAAAUGGUGCCGAAAUAAACGCACAAGACACUAAUAAACGAACCGCACUGCAUUACGCCGCUAAUUAUAGUCCAGCUGCAGACAUUAUCCAGAGGCUGCUCGAAAAAGGUGCCAACGUUCAUUUACAAGAUCAAAGUGGUUGUACAGUCCUUCACCAAGUUGCUAGAUGGAAUGAAAACCCGGAAAUAGUUAAAAUUUUGCUUGACAAUGGAGCCAAAGUAAACGCACGAAACAAAGAUAAAUGUACCGCACUGCACUUCGCCGCAAAACAUAACACAGCUGCAGAAAUUGUCCAAACGUUGCUCGAAAAUGGCGCCUACGUUGAUUCACAAGAUGAAGAAGGAUGUACAGCCCUUCACCUAGCUGCAGAGUGGAAUAAAAACCAAGAAAUAGUGAAAAUUUUAAUUGAAAACGGUGCCAAAGUAAACACAGGAGCCAAUAUUAACAGGACUGCUCUGCACUACGCCGCUUUUAAUAACCAAGCUCCAGAAAUAGUCCAAACGCUGCUCGAAAACGGCGCCGACGUACAUUUACAAGAAGAAAAAGGACGUACAGCUCUUCACCUAGCUGCAGGGUGGAAUAAAAACCAAGAAAUAGUAAAAAUUUUAAUUGAAAACGGUGCCAAAGUAAACAUAGGAGACAAUAAUAAAUUGACUGCUCUGCAUUACGCCGCUUUUAAUAACCAAGCUCCAGAAAUAGUCCAAACGCUGCUCGAAAACAGCGCCGACGUACAUUUACAAGAAGAAAAAGAAGGACGUACAGCUCUUCACCUAGCUGCUAGGUGGAAUAAAAACCAAGAAAUACUGAAAAUUUUAAUUGAAAACGGUGCCAAAGUAAACUCAGAAGACAAUGAUAAAUGGACUGCUCUGCAUUACGCCGCUAGUUAUAACCAAGCUCCAGAAAUAGUCCAAACGCUGCUCGAAAACGGCGCUGACGUACAUUUACAAGAAGAAAAAGAAGGACGUACAGCUCUUCACCUAGCUGCAGGGUGGAAUAAAAGCCAAGAAAUAGUGAAAAUUUUAAUCGAAAACGGUGCCAAAGUAAACGCAGGAGCCAAUAAUAACUGGACUGCUCUGCAUUGUGCCGCUAGAAAUAACCAAGCUCCAGAAAUAGUCCAAACGCUGCUCGAAAACGGCGCCGACGUACAUUUACAAGAAGAAAAAGAAGGACGUACAGCUCUUCACCUAGCUGCAGGGUGGAAUAAAAACCAAGAAAUACUGAAAAUUUUAAUUGAAAACGGUGCCAAAGUAAACGCAGGAGCCAAUAAUAACUGGACUGCUCUGCAUUGUGCCGCUAGAAAUAACCAAGCUCCAGAAAUAGUCCAAACGCUGCUCGAAAACGGCGCCGACGUACAUUUACAAGAAGAAAAAGAAGGACUUACAGCUCUUCACCUAGCUGCAGGGUGGAAUAAAAACCAAGAAAUACUGAAAAUUUUAAUUGAAAACGGUGCCAAAGUAAACUCAGAAGACCAUGAUAACUGGACUGCUCUGCAUUGUGCCGCUAGAAAUAACCAAGCUCCAGAAAUAGUCCAAACGCUGCUCGAAAACGGCGCCGACGUACAUUUACAAGAAGAAAUAGAAGGACUUACAGCUCUUCACCUAGCUGCAGGGUGGAAUAAAAAACAAGAAAUACUGAAAAUUUUAAUUGAAAACGGUGCCAAAGUAAACUCAGAAGACAAUGAUAAAUGGACUGCUCUGCAUUACGCCGCUAGAUUUAACCAAGCUCCAGAAAUAGUCCAAACGCUGCUCGAAAACGGCGCCGACGUACAUUCACAAGAAAAAGACGGAUUUACAGCCGUUGACCUAGCUGCUAGGGGGAAUGAAAUCCCAGAAAUAGUGAAGAUUUUGCUUCAAAAAGGUUCCAAAGUAAACGCACAAGACGAUAUAAAACGAACAUCACUGAAUUAUGCCGCUGAAAGUAACAAAGUUGCAGAACCGGUCCAAGACCUACACGAAAACGGCGCUAACGUUCAUUCACAAGAUCAAGAAGGAUUGCCAGCCGUCUUUCAGCACCUAGCCUCUUGGUGUGAUGAAAACCCAGAAAUAAUUAAAAAUAUUGUUGCAACAGUUGGAUAUACAGCCCCUCGCUUUUUUGAAUCUGAUCUGGAUUGAAACCACUUGCAGAACUGUUAAAAGAAAUCGGCUUGAAAAAGGUGCCGACGUAUUACAAGAUCAAGACGGACUUUCGCAGCUCCUUCACCUUUUGGGUAUAGUGAAAACCUAGAAAAAGUAAAAAUUUUGUUUGAAAAUGGUGCCGCGAAGUAAAUAGACAACUCAAUAAACAUUGGAACACACUGCAUUUUCGCCGCUAGAUAUUUACUGAUCUCCAGAAGUGGUCGAAGAGCUGCGCUUGAUAAAGGCGCCGAGAUUAACUUACUGCUUUAUUUCUCGUGGUUAAGCAUAAUACAGUGAAAGAACUGCUCCAAAAGCUGCUCAACCAUGGUGAAAGUGGAAGAAAGUGCCGCUGUAUUACGUCCAAUGAAAAUAUACCCAUAAUUAAAGACUCAAAGAAAAUGACUCUGACGUCGUAAUGUUAAGUGAUCAAAAAGAUGUUUUUGAUUUUCUUUUUUUAAAAAAGUGCGCAGCUAAACCUGAACAAGACAAAAUCGGGGAAAUGUGUCUUACGCCACAUUUGCAAAGCCGAGACAAUGUGUGUUUGAAAUCUGCAAUUUUCACACGAGUCAAAAUAUUCAAUAACUAUUAUAAUAUAUAUCAAUCAUUAUCACUAAACUUACAAUAGUAAAAAUUAAUAAAUCGAAUUUAGUACCGUACUGCCUUCCUGCCACUACUAUCGUAACUUUUAGUUUCCAUUAAACCCAAAUCGCCAGAUGGCAGUGUAAAUAAGGUGCUAUAAGCGCUGCACCCUGACUGCACCUUUAACCUCGCACGACAGCAGGCCGAAGCGAAUAUGUUCUUUCUAGCUAGGAAUGAGAUUUCAUGCGAUAAAGAUCAAGAAGCUUUGGUGUCAUAAUAAAUAGACCGGAAUUACGGGUCUUAACGAUAUCUCGAGUGCCACAUUUCUGCAAUAGAAAAGACGAAUAUAGGAAAAGAUGCAUUUCUGUCGCGGCUUCUUGGUUUCCAUAGUAUAUAUCAUUGUAGCAUUAAAUUUAUGGGCCAAUUAUGAAUGUAAAUAGCAUUAAGGAAUGAAAAAUUAUCCAACGUGACCAUUAACUUUAAAACGUUUUAAUUUUAUGAGUUUGCUUAUCAUUUAAUUUUAGUUUUGAUGUAAACAAUUAUUUGUAUAAUACAUGUAAAUAUUUUGGACUUUAUGGGAAUAAAAAUGUUCUGGUACUGGCAUGUUUUAAAAUAAAA